UAAUGUUAAAGAAAAAUGUUUUAUGUUCAGGUGAAUUGUAUAAGCACAGAGUUCACACCCAAGAAGCACGGCGGGGAGAAAGGAGUACCAUUCCGCAUCCAGGUGGAGACUUACAUCCAGGGGGACAAGAUGUGUCGUCAUCUGCACACCGCCUCUUGUCAAAUCAAAGUCUUCAAGCUGAAGGGGGCAGAUCGCAAACACAAGCAAGACCGAGACAAGAUACUGAGCGAAGCGAACGGACAGUGA